AUGACUUCCUGCACCCUCGACAAUCUAUUCUUGGGAGCAGGCGGCUUGUCGAGACAGGCAUCUAUCUGCAGAUGGUAUCGACUAUCGACAAGAUUGAGAGAAACUGGGUUAUCGCGAGGGGGAGGGCACGUCUUUGCAUACCUCUUGUUGGGUAGAAGAAUUCGUACCUGUCAUGGGGUUCCCCUUCAAAGCCCUCUCGGAGCCAUUCGGCCAAGUGGGUGUCAUGAAACAAUACCGGGAAUAAUACGGGCACCACCUGCUACUACUACAAGAUCUAGUGAAUGCAUUGUUUUCUAG